CUCCGCCUGGCCGGGGGCUCGGGCCUGCGUGAGGGCCGUGUGGAGGUCUUCGUGAGGCCUCCGCCGGGGCAUGCACGGAGGGCGGCCGGGCCGGGCGGGCCGGCCGGGCCGGGCGGGCCGGGCGGGCCGGCCGGGCCGGGCGGGCGCUGGGGCUUCGUCUGCAGCGAUGGGUGGACCAACCGGGAGGCGGCCGUCGUGUGCCGUGAGCUGGGCCUGGGGUACGCCCUGCACGCCCUCAAGGAAACGUGGUACUGGCAGGGUGACCCUGCGGCCGAUGAGACGGUGGUCACGGGGAUCCGCUGCUCGGGGACUGAGACGUCUCUCUCCGAGUGCCUCCGCUCACCGGCGGCCGGGGACGGGGCGACCGUCGCCGUCGCCGCCGCCGCCGCUAACUGCUCGCGGCCCGGCCCACGCUUCGCCGCCGGAGUCAUCUGUGCCGAGACGGCCCCCGACCUGGUGCUCAACUGGACCCUUGCGUCCUCCACGGCCUACGCCGAGACUCGGCCGCUCCACAUGCUGCAGUGCGCCGCCGAGGAAGGCUGUCUGGCGGCCGAGGUGGGCGGGGCCACGUGGCCCUACGGCUUCCGCAGCCUGCUCAGGUUCACCUCGCAGAUCCUCAACCUGGGGCGGGCUGACUUCAGGCCGCGGGCCAGCCGCCACGACUGGCUCUGGCACGCCUGCCAUCAGCACUACCACAGCAUGAACGUGUUCACCCACUACGAUCUGCUGGCGAUGAACGGCAGCCGCGUGGCCGAAGGACACAAGGCAAGCUUCUGCCUGGAGGACUCCGAGUGCCAAGACGGUGUUCACAAGCGCUACGAGUGUGCCAACUUCGGCGUGCAGGGCAUCACGGUUGGUUGCAGUGACGUGUACCGUCACGACAUCGACUGCCAGUGGAUAGACAUCACAGAUGUGCCACCGGGAGACUACAUUUUUCAGGUGGUGAUAAACCCAGACAUGGAAGUCUCCGAGUCGGAUUUCUCAAACAACGCCAUGAGGUGUCACUGCAAAUACGACGCUCACCACGUGUGGGUGUACAACUGCCACACCGGUGACUCCUUCAGCGACGAGCUGGAGAAGCAAUUUGAGCUCCAUCCUGGCGAGAUCACAAACCUCAUCGACUGAAGAAGUCACAA